AUGGCGGACGAGGCCUUGGCUGGGCUGGAUGAGGGCGCCCUGCGGAAGCUGCUGGAGGCCACGGUGGACCUGGCGGAGCGGCGGCGCAUCCGAUCGGCCAUCCGGGAGCUGCAGCGGCAGGAGCUGGAGCGGGAGGAGGAGGCCCUGGCAUCCAAGCGCUUCCGUGCCGAGCGGCAGGACAACAAGGAGAACUGGCUGCACUCUCAGCAGCGAGAGGCCGAGCAGCGGGCCGCUCUGGCGAAGCUGGCGGGGCGGCUGGAGUCCAUGAACGAUGUGGAGGAGCUGACCGCGCUGCUGCGAGGGGCCGGUGAGUAUGAGGAACGCAAGCUGAUCCGGGCUGCCAUCCGCCGAGUCCGGGCCCAGGAGAUUGAAGCUAUCACCUUGGCUGGGAGGUUGUGCGCUGGGCGCUCCAACAGUGGCUCAGGAGAGGACAGCAAGGGGCAGGUCGCACCGAGGCUGGAGCCACAGAGGCUGGAGCCACAGAGGCUGGAGCCACAGAGGCUGGAGCGGUGUGAGGUGCCAGAGCCAGAGGAGCGGGAGCAGCGGGCAGAGGUCCCAGAGCCGCCCCCCGCCGUCACCAGUCGGGAUGUGACCACCGUGACGCUCCUGGUGCAGGUGCCAGCUGGGAGCACAGCCAGCUCCCCUGCCUCCCCUGCCAGUUCCCCGCCCACUGCCUCCCCUGAGCCGCCGCCGGAGCCUGCCGAGGCCCAGGGCCCUGCCGCUGAGGCUCUGCGUAGCCCCAAGCCACCCUCGAGCCCGCCCAGGGCCGCCAGUCCCCCCAGGGCCGCCAGCCCUGAGCCCCAGGAGGCUCCGGCCCCCCGCAGCACUGAGAGACAGGAGGUCACCAAGCUCCCACCCGGCCCCCCAGAGCCCCCCGCUGCCCAGGGCCCCGCCACAGGCCCUCCCAGCACGAAGAGAGCAGCUGCACCCCAUCCCUGCCAACGCUCCGUGCUCAGCCCCCGCCAGCCGGCCCAGAACCGAGAGCCCACCCCUCCUGCCAGCGGACCUCCCUCGUUCCAGCGGGCCGGCUCCGUGCGGGACCGCAUGCGCAAGUUCACGUCGGACUCUCCGAUGGCUCAGGAUGGCCCCCCUCGGGCAGCCCUAGGUCCCUCCACCCCAGCCAGGCUCCCGGGCUCCUCCCCCGUCAGCACCACCCCUGCCUCCUCCUCCUCCUCCUCCUCCAGCCGCUCCUCCGCACGGGGCUCCAGCGAUGCCUCCUCCCGGUUCAGCAAAGAGCAGCGAGGAACAGCCCAGCCCCUGGCCCCGCUUCAGAGCUGCCCCCGGGAGGAGGGCCCCAGGGGGCGGGGCUUGGCUGCCAGGCCCCUUGAAAAUGGAGCAGGGGGGGCCGUGGCCUGCUCAGAGGAGCCGGGUGCCCUGCUGCCCGUGGCCGUCGGCACUGCCGAGCCAGGGGCCAACAUGAAGACGACGUUCACCAUCGAGAUCAAGGACGGCCGCGGCCAGGCCCCCACAGGCCGGGUGCUGCUGCCCGCAGGCAGCCAGAGGGCAGAGCUGACGCUGGGGCUGCGGGCGCCCCCCACCCUCCUGAGCACCAGCAGCGGGGGCAAGAGUACCACCAUCACCCACAUCAGCGGCCCCGGGGCACCGGCCCGGCUGGGCAGCGUCACACACGUCACCAGCUUCAGCCAUGCCUCCGCUGGGGGCCAAGGAGGCUGCAGCAUCAAGAUGGAACCAAAGCCGGCAGAGCCCCCCUCUGCUGCUGUGGACGUGGCUGCCGUGGACGUGGCUGCCGUGGACGUGGCCAAUGGCACUGAACAGACCCAGGUGGACAAAACUCCCGAGAGGCGGAGCCCCCUGAGCACCGAGGAGCUGAUGGCCAUUGAGGAUGAGGACGUCCUGGACAAGAUGCUGGAUCAGACGACGGACUUCCAGGAGCGGAAGCUCAUUCGGGCCGCGCUACGUGAGCUCCGACAAAAGAAGAGAGACCAGAGGGACAAGGAACGGGAACGGCGGCUGCAAGAGGCAAGGGCCCGGCCAGCGGAGGGCCGGGGCAACGUGGCCACCGAGACCACCACGCGGCACAGCCACCGGGCGGCCGACGGCUCGGCUGUCAGCACCGUCACCAAGACCGAGCGGCUCGUCCACUCCAAUGACGGCACGCGGACAGCCCGCACCACCACGGUGGAGUCGAGCUUCGUGAGGCGCUCCGAGAACGGCGGCGGCAGCACCGUGGUCCAAACCAAGACCUUUUCCUCCUCCUCCUCCUCCAAGAAGAUGGGCAGCAUCUUCGACCGUGAGGACGAGAGCAGCCCGCGCACCGGCAGCCUGGCUGCGCUGGAGAAGCGCCAGGCGGAGAAGAAGAAGGAGCUGAUGAAGGCGCAGAGCCUGCCCAAGACCUCUGCCUCCCAGGCGCGCAAAGCCAUGAUUGAGAAGCUGGAGAAGGAGGGCGCUACGGGCAGCCCUGGCGGGCCCCGUGCAGCAGUACAGCGCUCCACCAGCUUCGGGGUCCCCAACGCCAACAGCAUCAAGCAGAUGUUGCUGGACUGGUGCCGAGCGAAGACGCGUGGCUACGAGCACGUGGACAUCCAGAACUUCUCCUCGAGCUGGAGCGACGGCAUGGCCUUCUGCGCGCUGGUGCACAACUUCUUCCCCGAGGCCUUCGACUACGGGCAGCUGAGCCCGCAGAACCGGCGCCAGAACUUCGAGGUGGCCUUCUCCUCCGCCGAGACCCAUGCGGACUGCCCGCAGCUCCUGGACACGGAGGACAUGGUGCGGCUGCGAGAGCCAGACUGGAAGAUGCUGGUAGACUGCGUGCCCCUGGUGGAGGUGGAGGACAUGAUGAUCAUGGGCAAGAAGCCCGACUCCAAGUGCGUCUUCACCUACGUCCAGUCGCUCUACAACCACCUGCGGCGCCACGAGCUGCGCCUGCGCGGCAAGAACGUCUAG